AUGCGUCUCUCUCAAGUGUUGAUGGCGAUUGCGGCGACCUUCUUAGUUGCUGGCGAAGCUCUUUCCACGGCGACGGACUCCAACCAGGCCAAACUCGCCCAAGUGGCUUUGGCCACUGGCCAAAGCCAGCAGCGACAUCUGAGGGCCCACCCCACCGAAUCAGAGCAAAGAGCGCUGGAUCCUGCCACCCUCCAGAGGAUGUUCAAAGACGGCGUGAAAGUUGACGACUUCGCUGCCACAUUGGGAAUUACCGACGAUAUUGCGAAUGCCAUGCGCAGUGCAACGGCUCUAAACAAUCUCUUGAGGACCCCCAAGUACGAGAAGUACAGAUCGUACCUCAACUACGUGACGAAGAAGAGGAACAGCGGAAGGGCAGGAAGAAUCAUCUACGAGUGA